AUGGCGACUGUGAAAUAUCAUUUUUUGACCAAUAAACGAAAGAAUUUAAUUUUUGAUGUAGGUGUGAAGAAGGGAGGCACUCGGGCCCUUCUGGAAUUCAUCCGAGUUCACCCGGAUGUGCGAGCGGCAGGCAGCGAGGUCCAUUUUUUCGAUAAGAACUAUGUGAGGGGCUUCCAAUGGUACCGAACGCACAUGCCCGCCACUCUCGAGGGACAGCUCACCAUCGAAAAAACCCCAUCGUAUUUCAUCACCAGAGAAGCCCCACAUCGAGUGCAACUAAUGAAUCCAUCCACUAAGUUACUUGUAGUUGUAAGAGAUCCCGUUACAAGGGCCAUAUCUGAUUAUGCUCAAGCUAUUUCGAAAAAAAUUGAUAUGAAGCCUUUCGAACAGUUGGUUUUUGUUAACGGAUCCAUCGGAAGCAUCAUAGAUACUUCUUGGGGUCCGAUCAAACUAGGAAUCUAUUCGAGAUAUCUCACGAGGUGGUUAAAAUUCUUCCCUCUCUCUCAGUUUCUCUUCGUCAGCGGUGAACGCCUCGUUUUGGAUCCGGCCAUCGAGCUGCGUCGUGCCCAGGACUUCCUGGGUCUCAAACGAGUCGUUACUGAGAAACACUUUUAUUUCAAUUCUACCAAAGGUUUUCCGUGCCUGUUUAAAAGCGAAGGGCACUCUGCUCCUCACUGCCUGGGACUUCCUCGAACAUAUGGCCCCGGCAACAUGGUCGAAGAAGAGAGUGCCGCGAAUUGCGAUUUAAUUAAAACUUGCAAAGGUUGCGAAAGAAAUGUUACCACUAUUGUGAGAUGUGUAACGUGUGACGCAGUUUUCCAUCCAUCUUGUGCUCUAAGGGUAGCUGGAUUGGUAGUUGUUGGCAAAAAUAACUUAGUGAAAUGCUGUGCUACAGAAAGUGAGGUUAUACCAGAACAAAACCUAUGCACGUUGCACGGUUUGUUUAAUCUGAAAUUUCGAGGAAUUCAACACGUUAAGCUAUAG